AUGAACAGUUAUCACACUACAAAGUCCUGUGUACUCAUCUUGUUUGUGGCCCUAUUGUGUGCACCAAGAGGUCAGGGGCUGAAGUGCUACAAUUGCCAGAGGGUCCCACUUGAGGCUCCCUGCUCAUCAGUUACCUGCUUCAAGUCUAAUCCAUUCUGUGUGACUCAGGUGACAGAACUUGCUGUGGGCUCUCACAUACGCAAACUGAAGAACAGUAUGUGCUAUCCAAUCUGCCCUACUAAUCUUCAAAAUGUCGAGAUCCUAAGUACUAUUGCAAAUGUGACUUCUUUCUGUUGCAAGAAAGACCUCUGCAAUGUAGCAAUUCCCACUGGAGGCAGCACCAGGUCCCCGGCAGUGGUGCUUCUGUUCAGCCUGGGCUCAGUCCUCCUGCAGACCUUGCUGUAA